AUGCUUCUUUUAGCUUUAAUUCCUUUUUUUUAUCUUUUUUUUACCGUUAUUAUCUACUCUCGGCUACGUGAUAAGCCACGUGAAUUGUGUUUUCUUUUGGCGGGAUCUUCAGAGUUCUUCUUGCCACCUUCUCCACUACCGUCUGCCUUGUGGCUGCUUGUAGUAGUAGUUAGCUUACUUUUUUCUUUCUUUGUUAUCACUUGCUUCCUUCUCUGUCACUUGUCUCCCCUUUCUUCUUUGUCUCUUUCGUCGCAGUGGACUCAGUCCCAGCACGCUUCAGCAAAGGCCAUGGACCAAAAGUCCGUUGUCUCUAAUAGAACGCGCUCCAGGUUCUCUUCUGCCUCAUCUAAGGCCUUGGCUGUCCGUGCUGAACUGGAGAUGGCUAAAGCAGGCCUGCUCUUCGUGGAGAGAGAGAAUAAACUGCGCGAAGCAAAGGCUAAAAUGGAGUCUGAAGAGAAAACUCUAGAGGCUCAAAGGGAGAUAGCUCUCAAAGAAGCCGCACUAAAGGCCUUUGAAGAGUGUGUCUCGCUUAGUAAGGAAAAAUCCAGCAUUCACCUUGACCAGACUCCUGCCGAUCCCAUGCAGCGUACGAGAGAAUAUGUGGCCGAACAGACGGCUCAACUCAACUCACAACCUGCCGCCCCGCAAUUGGUACAAUCAUCCGCCCUGCAACACAUACGCUCUCCUGCAUCUCAAUUCGAUCAGCCCACCAACUCAGAAGCCUCCUUCCGCUACUUCCCCGAUCCAUCUGAUGAUCAUCGGAGGAGGUGCUCAACUGAAAACCGCCAUGACCAUUCCAGUGACCUAACGCGUUACUUCGCCCGGCGAGAAUUACUUCAAGCCAGUAUGCUGAAAUUCUCGGACAGACCUAAGGACUAUCGAGCAUAG